ACGCAGCGAAACUUGGGGCCCAACCCAAACUUGAGUCUCCGUUCGCUCAACAGAGAUCCUUGUGCAUGUCUAGAUGGCAGUCUCUCAAAAUGAAAACUCUUGCUUGCCUACUAACCAUCUUCGUCGGCCUUGGGGCAUCACAUCCGCAUAGCUCCCUCGCGUCCCGCGCGGCAACCUUCAACAACCCGGUGCUCUGGGAGGACUAUCCCGAUCUGGACGUGUUCCGUAUCGGGGACGUAUUCUACUACUCCUCUUCCACGUUUGCCUACUCGCCUGGCGCUCCGGUCCUCAAGUCGUACGACCUCGUGAACUGGACCGCCGUUACGCACUCUGUCCCCAAACUCAACUUUGGCCCCCAGUACGACCUCCUAGGGGGCACACCCGCCGGGUACGUCAAAGGCAUUUGGGCAUCAACCUUGCGAUAUCGCCGCUCCAAUGACCGGUUCUACUGGUACGGCUGCGUCGAGCAGAACCAAACCUACAUCUGGACCAGCUCCGGCACCAACGCGGGCGUCAACAACGGCGAAGUUCCUCCCUACAAAUGGAAGUGGGAGGCCCACCCGCCCAUCAACGCCUGCUACUACGACAGCGGCCUGCUCAUCGACGACGACGAUACCAUGUACAUCGCCUACGGCAACCCAACCAUCCGCGUGGCGCAGCUGUCGGCCGACGGCCUGCGCCAGGUCCGCACCCAGGCCGUCUACACGCCGCCCGCCGGCACCACCAUCGAGGGCUCGCGCAUGUACAGGGUCAAGGGGACGUACUACAUCCUGGUGACGCGCCCGGCCGACGCCGAGUGGGUGCUCAAGUCGACGACCGACAGCCCCUUUGGCCCCUACACGGCUCGCACGCUCGUGUCGAGGAUCAAUGGGCCGCUAGCGAACGCCGGGUUUGCGCAUCAGGGUGGCAUGGUGGAUACUCCCGACGGGAGUUGGUUUUAUGUGGCCUUCAUGGACGCCUACCCCGGGGGCAGGAUUCCGGUGGUGGCGCCGUUGAGGUGGACGAGCGAUGGCUGGCCUGAGGUAGUGACGGAUGCGCGGGGAAACUGGGGAACGAGCUACCCCGUGCCGGUGCAUACAAGCAAGACCGUGGAGGGGAAGAGCACCGAGUUGGAUGAGUUCAAGGGAAAGGAGCUGAGCCAUCACUGGGAGUGGAAUCAUAACCCGGAUGAUAGCAAGUGGUUGCUUCACGGCGACGGGUUGCUGUUGAGGACGGCCAGCGUCACGGGGAAUCUGUUUGCUGCGAGGAACACGCUCACGCGGAGGAUCGCCGGACCCAAGUCGAGAGGAACAUUCAAGCUGGACGUGGGCAAUAUGAAGGAUGGCGACAGGGCUGGGGUCGUGCUGUUCCGGGACCGGGCCGCGUACAUCGGGGUGUGGAAGCAAGGCGGACUGGUUCAGAUCGUUGUGGUCGAUGACUUGCGGUUGACUGAGGGCACAUGGACGACCAGCUCAACGGGGAGAGUUGCCGCGACUGGGCCGACUGUGAGCAACACUCAAGACGUUUGGUUGAUAAUCGAGGCGGACAUUACGCCAGCGUUUGGUACGAGCACGGAACGGACCACGACGUUUGCGUACAGUAUCGACGGAGGCAAGAGCUUCGUCAGGUUUGGGCCCGCCGUCGUAAUGACCAACUCGUGGCGGUACUUCUCGGGUUACAGGUUCGGAGUUUUCAACUUUGCCACCAAAGCGCUUGGGGGUGCCAUCAAGGUGAAGAGCUUCCAGAUGGAGCUCGUCUAAGUAAGGUAUGUAUGUGUUAGGACGGCACAUGAUAUCUCCUACCAAGGAUUCGGAGAUCAUGUCGAGUCCGCCACGGCACCAGUCGAUACGCAUCUGAGGCUCGAGCCACAAGCAAAGUCACAAGCUUUUUUUUUUUAAGCAAAUCGAAAAUAACGAACCCAAG